CCUGGUUGAGCAGCCCGCUUGCGCUGCUUCGCUGCGACCCAGCCCUUCCGUGGACAGAGCCGCUUGAUUCAUGUGAGAGAUGAUUCACGCCCCACAAUCCAGGGAGUGAGGGCGGAACAGGAAUCCCUCUCUUCACAUCCAUAAUUCAGCGCUGCUGUCUUUUCGUCCUGCUCUUUUUGCUUCUCCUUCCUUCCUUCCUCCUACUACAACCGCUGUCGUCGCUGUGGUUACAGCUGCCACUGCAUACAGUAGCUACCUGAGGUAUCUGUCAGGCAAACCUGGGGCUCAACUUUCAACACUCAGGACAUACAUAAUGGUGUACGAAGUCCUCUACCGUCUCUGCUAAAACUGUCUCUAAGUCUUCAUUUACCUGCUGUUUCAUCAAGGCCUUGGAUGUUCAACCACAAUGUAAAUAGACACGGACAGUUUCCCUGCAUCAACACCUGUAGGCCAUGAGCCCUAGAACAUCAAUCAGGACCACGUCUUUUUCAGUUGGGAUUUAGCCGUGCCGCCAUCCCAGACCGGUCUUCGACGCUGCGGCGGUGGCCAGUGGUGGUGGUGGAGGCGGUGGAGGAAGGACCUUCAUGCACCCAGACGAAGGGAUUUACUUACAAACACCCACUCCGCCAUGAGGCUAUCCACCACCGCCUGUCUCUGUCCCUUCCUGAUGUGCCUCUGCUUUAUUCAGAGGUUCUCUGGGGCUAGCCACCUCUCCAGCUCCGCCAAGGUACCGGCCAGGAACCACACCAAACUAGCCAAUGGCGAGACAGAGGUGCACCACAGGCCUAAACGGGGCUGGAUCUGGAACCAAUUCUUUGUUUUAGAAGAACACAUAGGACCGGAUGCUCAAUAUGUGGGAAAGCUUCACUCAAACUCGGAUAAAGGGGAUGGAUCAGUCAGGUACAUUUUGAGUGGAGAAGGCGCUGGAACUAUAUUCAUCAUUGAUGAAGUGACGGGAGACAUUCACGCCACCAAAAGUCUGGAUCGAGAAAGGAAGUCACACUAUGUCCUGCAUGCACAAGCUCUCGAUCGCAACACCGAAGAGGCUCUGGAACCAAAGUCAGAAUUCAUCAUCAAAGUCCAAGAUAUCAAUGAUAACGCCCCCAAAUUUCCAGAUGGACCCUUUGCAGCUACUGUGCCUGAGAUGUCUGCCCUGGGUACUUCUGUGUUCCAAGUUACUGCAACCGACGCUGAUGAUCCCACCUAUGGAAAUAGUGCAAGGGUUGUCUACAGUAUUCUUCAGGGACAGCCAUAUUUCUCUGUUGAUCCCAAAACUGGAGUCAUCAGGACUGCCUUAGCCGAAAUGGACCGGGAAGCAAAAGAACACUAUGCUGUAGUCAUUCAAGCCAAAGACAUGGCAGGGCAGGUGGGAGGAUUGUCCGGUUCCACCACCAUCAACAUCACGCUGUCAGAUGUCAAUGACAACCCACCCAACUUUCCCCAAAAAAACUACCAGCUCUAUGUGCCAGAGUCGGCACAAGUCGGUAAACCUGUGGGCAAAAUCAAAGCCAAUGACGCGGACGUUGGCGUUAAUGCAGAGAUUAAGUACAGCAUCAUCAACCCUGAGGGAGCAGCCAUGUUUUCCAUCUCGACCGACAAAGACACCAGAGAGGGGGUUGUAGGCCUCAAAAAGCCACUGAACUACGAGAGAAAGAAGACUUACACUCUUCACAUCGAGGCGGCGAAUACAAAACUGGACUCCCGUUUUUCCUACUCUGGCCCUUUCAAAGACACCGCCACCCUUAAAAUCACUGUAGGAGAUGUGGAUGAGCCCCCCGUCUUCUCUAUGGACUAUUACAUUAUGGAUGUGUAUGAGAACGCUGCGAUUGGCACAGAAGUGGGGGCUGUAACAGCCAGGGACCCCGACAGCAGGAACAGUCCAGUCAGGUACUCCAUGGACAACAGUGUGGAUGGAGUGAGGUACUUCAGCAUAGAUGAACAGAGAGGAGUCAUAAAGACGACCCAGACCCUGGACAGAGAGGACAUGCCCUGGCACAACAUCACUGUGAUGGCCUCGGAGGUUGAUAACCCAAGCCUCCUUAGUCAUGUUACCGUUACAGUUCAGGUCCUCGACGUCAAUGAUAAUCCACCUGAAAUAGCCACUGAUGAAGAGGUUAUUGUUUGUGAAAGCUCAAGGCCAGGACAGAUAAUCCAAACUAUCACUGCAUUGGAUAAGGACGAUUUUGCAAAUGGAAAGCGAUUCUCCUUCGCUUUGCCUAGCGAAAUACCGGUUAAUCCCAACUUCACCCUGAAGGACAAUGAAGACAGCACGGCCAGCAUCAUAGCCAGACGGCGGCGCUUCAACCGCUUGUCCCAGGAGCUGUAUGAGCUACCCAUCGUGGUGUGGGAUGGCGGCGAGCCCUCACUGAGUGGAACCGGCACGCUCACCCUGCGCGUGUGCCCGUGCCAACGGAGCGGGAGGCUGCGUACCUGCCAGGGCGAGGCCUUCCUGUCCUCGGCAGGACUCAGCACGGGGGCUCUCAUCGCCAUCCUGCUGUGCAUCGUCAUCCUGCUGGCCAUCGUGGUCCUGUUCAUCACGUUAAGGCGGAGCAAGAAGGAGCCUCUCAUCAUCUCGGAGGAGGACGUGCGCGAGAACGUGGUCACGUACGACGACGAGGGCGGCGGCGAGGAGGACACGGAGGCCUUUGACAUCAUCGCCCUGCGCAACCCCGCCGCCGCGGAGGAGCUCAAGUUCCGACGGGACGUGCGUCCGGACGCCAGGCGGCGCGGCGGCGGCAGGGGAGGGCCGUCACGUGGACGUCCCAGCCCCUCGUCCUCCCUGGAACUGAACCAGGUGGACGUGCAGGAGUUCAUCAAACACAGACUGGUGGAAGCCGACGUGGACAGCAGCGUGCCGCCGUAUGACUCCCUCCAGACGUACGCGUAUGAGGGCCAGGGCUCACCCACUGGCUCCAUCAGCUCACUGGAUUCCCCCGAAGCACACUCAGAACAGGACUACACUUACCUAGACGAUUGGGGGCCGCAGUUCCAGAAACUAGCAGAACUCUAUGGAGAGGAAGAGUUGGAGGUGGUGACCUAGCCUAAACUUGCGUGUUAUUUUGCUGUUUGGGGUUGGGUGAGUG